UAAAGAUCGUUUUUUUCGGAAAUUAGUUCUAUCUAGUGAGUCUGUGAAAGUGUUAGCGAAACGGCGCAUUUCCACUACAAGCAAACUAGCAAUUAAGUGACGUCAAAGACGCGCUGCGACUGCACGAAUAGACGACUGACACUGUCGAUCGACUGCUGAUCAGCAGUGCAAAAACAAAACCAAAACGAAUGAGCGCACGACAGCCGCCCACCGCGCGCACACACACAUAAAUACACAAGCGAGCGAGUUACAUACAUAUAUCGCUGUGUGUGUACGCUGUAAGAGCGCGCUCCGCACACAGACACACACCAGUAAAUAUAUCAGUAUUUCAUUUAUAUAUAUGCACGUCUAUGUAUGUAAGCGCUUCUUCGUACAUUUGUUGGCGGCGAAGCGUUAAGGCAGCCCAGCCGUAUUGAACGCGUAAAGAAACGAAAGUUUUUCAUUUUCUUCGCGGUGUUUUGGGCGGCGCGGCACAUAGCGCAGAUAUAGGAGAGUGGCAUUGCUUGGUGGCGCGUUAACGCUGUCGUUUCAUUUCGAUUUUUCGCUUCACAUUCGCUGUGCGCGUUUAGCUAUCGGCUGUUUGUUGUUUGUUUUGCGCGCUUUGCGUUGAGCACCUUUUCGCUUUUUUCCCUAUACUUGAUUUUUUCUCGUUUUUUUCGUUUCGACGUUUCGCUGAUCAGUGCGAGGCGACGCGACGCGACGCGAUUUUCGACGCAGCGCAGCAGAUCGCACGAAGUCAGCGGCGCGGCAAGCGCGAGCGAUCAGAGAAUUUCUCUAAAUAAACGCAACACACUGGUGCAGUUCAGUAACGCGUAAAAAUUUCACUGCAACGGUUUGCUCCGCCAACGGCAACGGAUGACGACUGAUAUGAGCGACGAUUAGAGGAAAGAAACAACUUGUUGAAAACACAACACAUACGCUGAAGUAGAUAAAAUUCCAAAGAGUUACAAAAAAAUAACAACAAAAACAACAACAACAUAUAUUUAAAAAUAACUUUAUUAAAAUAUUCACGAUAUUCACGACACUGCUGUGUGUAAGCGGUGAGCUCAAGCAGAAAUUUAAGUGUUUUGAAUUGAUUUGUGAAAUGUGCUAAAGAAAAACACCACAGUGAGUAGACAGCGAAGAACACAAGCGAAGAAUAAAAAACAACAAACCGAACCAGUAGAAAAGGAAGUAGAAGCAGCGCUUAACUUAGAAGCACUACUGAGAUCCUGCCAAUUGUCGCUCAACUCAACUUGCCAACUAUCCGUUGCGUAUACGUAUAGGAGUGCGCUCAACGCCAAACGCACUACUUGUAAAAAACAAUAAAGUAUAUUACAAAAAAAAAAAACACACACACACACAAACAUGUCACAUCAAUGCAGUUGCGGACGCGAUCUCAACAACAAUUACGUGUCCUACACAAGCGCCUACGCCAACGGCAGCUCCAGUCUGGAUCGUGAGACGAGCAGCAGCAAAUCGUCCAUGCCCGGCAAGACGACACAACUCACAGCGAAAGUGAUGUUCGGCACUGUGGGCGCCAUUAAGGAUCUGCGCGAGAAGGAGAAGUCACGUCAUGCGACAACGCGCGCCAGCGAUCGGCGCAAUUGAGCGUAAGCGUGUGCGCGCGCAGAGACUGAAAGGGGCUGUUGGCUGUUGGGUAUGGGGUGAGCAUGCGCAAGGAUACUGGAAACGUGGCUAAUGUGGCGGUACAGUGUUAAGUAGUAGUUAAGGUGUGGCAAGUAGAUAGCACGACGUAAGGAUGACGCGGCGCUACAUUAUUUACUAUCUACCAUGUUAUAAUGCGUUGGUGGAACGCGCGGCGUUGGUGAUUGCGGCUCUUGAAAUGCCAAGCGUUUGCGCCUGUUUAACAGGUGUGUACUUACAUCUACAGCUAUGUAUAUGUAUGCAUUAUGCGUUACGUGUUCUUCAGCAGCGUUAUCGUCGCGAACUUUCCAGCAAAACCUUAACGGCAAUUAUGUCGACGCUACGUUUUUCCAAAACAAAUAAUAUAAUAAACUAUUUAUUUGCAUGUAAGUGGGUAGUUUAUCAUAAGUGUUUUGGCGCCUUGGCGUAUAUGCUCAUGCUACGACAUAGUAAUAUAUGUAAAUAUUUGCUUAACAAUUUAAUUUCAUAGUAACAAUUUAUUUAUAACUAAGUGCACCCUGUGGAAAUUAUUAGAACAGUUAGUUUUUGUUGUGCAACAAUAGUUACAUACAUAUGCACAUGUGUAUAUUUGCUACAGAAACAACUUAAAUGUUUACACCAAAAUAUUGUAUAUUAUGCUAUAAUCUAAUUUAAUUUAUUAGCUAUAAUUUGAAACUUUCCAAAAGCAAUUUUGUUUUUCACAUGUGAAUUAUUAAAUACAAUUUCGGAAUAUUAAUGUAUUUUUUUUUUAAUUUGUUUUAUUAUUUUAAGUUAAUUUUUUAUUUAAAACAUAAAAAUAUUUUUUUUAUUAUGUAUUUAUUAUUUCAUAUUUAUAUUUUAUUUUAUAUAUUUUUUUUUUGUUUUAAAGCAGUGAAAAUAUUACAAGCUCUAAAAUUGAGCGUUUUGAGUUUGAUUGCUGCAGUUUCAUAUAUUUUUAUUUGUAUUUUGAUUAAUUUUUUAUUGUUUUCGUUAAAAAAAUUUUGAAUUUCAUGUAAAAAUCUCGCAAUUUCAUUUGCUAAUGACUAUAUUAUUUUAUUUAAUUAUUUUAAAUUUUUUGUUUAUAUUUAAAAAUCAAUAAAAAUAUUGCUUUAUCUUUACUCAAUCAUUAUUUUGUUUUCUUAUUUGAAUUUUAUUAUUAUUUUUUUUUUUAUUUAGAAAUUAUCUACAUGAUCUACAUCUAUGGUACAUUAUAGUUCUCAGCAAUAAUUUCCACUCAGUGUAAUAAUUGAGUUGUCGUAUAUAAGCCAAUAGUUUAGGACGAUUUAAAAUAUUUAGCAAUUUUGGUUUACACAUUAAAUUAUUUGGUUUAAUUCGAAAUUAAUAUAAAAAAAAUGUUAAAUAUUGGUUACAAUUUUUUUUUUUCAAAAACAAAUUUUUUGAAUUUUAGCGACACUCCAAUUUUAGCUCAACUUUGUUCUCUAAAUCUGCUUUGAAAACUUUUGUUAAUAUCGCAAAACCAUAAAGAGUAAUUUUUUAAAAUCAUUGUAAAUAAUAGAAAGUUGAAUAAAGUUGUUUACAAAAAUCAGCAGAACAUAAGUCUCGGCAUCAAUAAAUUUUUAAACUAAUUUUUUUUUUUGGAAAAAUUGAAAAAAACUAAACACUCAAAUGCAUAGCUUUGAUGAGAGGAAUGUUAAUUUUUAAUUUGAAAAACCUUUAAUUUUCCUUUCUUCGAUUAUUUUGUAUAAUUUUCAAAAUUAGUAGGUUAUCAGUAAUUACAUUACGGCUCUCAAAACUGCUAGAAUAUUCCAGUACAGUAUACUCUCGAAAAGUAAAUCGAUUGGUAUUUUGGGUAAUUUACUUUUUCGAAUAAUUUACUUUUCCAAAUAUAUACAUAAAUUAUCUGUUUUUAUAAUAUUAAAUGCAUUUUUAAACUUAAAAAAUUCAUUCAUUUAUUUGCUUCAAUAAAACAUAUGGAUUUACAUGAAAAACAUAUUUACAUUUACAUACAUACAUAUGUAUUUACUAUGAAGAGAAAAAAUCUUGAAUAUUCUUUUGUUUUUUUCUUUUGCAAUAUAUUUGCUGACCAUUUUUGUACGACAAUUCAAAAAGUCUGACACCUGAUUUGCAUCGUUUUCAUUUUUAAACCAGUGGAUCAAGUAGGAGAGUUUAUUUACUAAAAAGACGCGAUAAACAAGAGAGUAAGUGUUUUUGCAACAUCGUAAAAAACGCUGCUUGCUUCGUUUCGAAUUUUUUAUCACACUCUCUGAAAAGUAAAUUAAAAAAUUUACUUUUUCGAGGUGCAUGUGUAAUCUUAAAGGUGAUUAACUUUUCCGCGAUUAUUUACUUUCUGAGAAUUUACUUUUCGAGAGUAUACUGUAUAUGAAUUCAGUCCGUUAUUAGCCGGUCUUAGAUAUUCGUAUAAUGAAAAUGAGCUAAGAAAUCGAACUUCAUAUUUUUGUCCGAAAAUUUUAAUUGACAAAUUUCUAAAAUGAUUUCUCAAAUAGUCACAGCAUUGCAUAGCAAAGGAGCAUUACAUUCAUACAUACAUGUAGUACAUAUGUAUGCACAUAAUUAUGUAUUCUUACUGCUGGUUUUUUUCUUUUCCCUUUAUCUUUCCCGGUGGUUAUCUUUAAACGAGUAUUGCUAAAGAGUUCGAUAAGCCUUUGGCUACACACUUGGCAGCAUAAGAUUAUAUUUUAUUCAUUAAUGAAAAAGUUGAUUUUAUAUUUGCUUUGUGAACAGAAUCAGAUAAUUGAUAAUGUAUUAAAAACACAGAGUAACUAGACGUCUUGGUAACCAUUAUGUCUCAAAAUGGCCUGUUGCUUAGGACGAUGUUUUCAAGAAGAAGAAGAUAAGCACAUUUUUUCGAAGAUCAUUGAGUUGUGGGUAUUUUCGCUUAGAAUAAGAAGCAACAGUAACCAAAAUCAGAAAAAAAACUAAAAAUGUUUUGUAUUUUUCAACUGGUGGAUUAACAAUGGUUUGACUUCAAAGUCUUUUUUAAUAUAUUAUAACAGGCAGUCAUUGAAAAAUAUAUUUUUUUGUGAAAAUAAAACUAAGUGAAAUGACAGCAAUAACAAUAAAGUCUAUCAGAUUUAAUUAUUAUUUGCUCGCCACUGUAGAGAUGUACAUAUGUACAUAUGUAUGUAUGUGGGUGUAGUACGCACAUGUUUGUUGACCAGAGAUAUGAAAUUAGUGCGAUAAGUGAAUUUUCAUAGUUAAAAUAUCUUAAUUUGUCCACAAGUGUUAUUUUUUCGGUUCUUUUUCUAUAGCUACUUACAUAUGUAUUUGUGUUUAUAUAUACAGAUGUAUGUACAUAAAUUUGCUCAAACGCUUGUUUUACUGUGUGUGAACAAGCAAACAAAUGUACUUGGUUGUUUUUGUUAUUUCAAUUCAAUGAAAUGUUGUUGUAUAGCACCGAGUUGAAAGAAUUAAGUGGCUGAGCGUAGAAUUGAUCAUUUAUUCAAAGAUAUUUACUGAACAUUAUGAACAAUUAUUGUUAAAUAUGAACAGCAUAUAUAUUUAUAAUGAUUUAAAAAAUAACUAUUUUUUCGUUACUACAGAAAUAUUGUUGUAAACCAUUUAAAUUUAUUAAAAAUGUUAAAAUAAAUUUAAUUCGAUUUAACAUGUUUAUGCUAUCAAGCUCUAAACGGUGUUGUUAUUUUGCGAUUUUUAAAUAAAUAAAUUUUCAAUUCUAUGUUUUAAAGCAGGGAUUUACUAAAAAUGUUACCAAAAUAUAUAAUUUUGCAAUGAAAGUUUCAAUUAAAUGCGCUCAGAGGAAAAACUGCUUAAGUCAAAUAAUUUCAUUUGUCAUAAUUUUAUCGAAAUUAUUAUAAUUAAGAAUUGACAAAUUUUUGUUUAUAAAAAAACGUGCAAAUAAUAUUUUUAAAUAUUUUUUUUUAAUAAAAUUAUUUUUAAAGUUUAAACCAAUAAAGUUUAUUAAAAAAUUGCUUUUGGAAAGUCGUGGUUUUUGAAAAACAGAACAAAGUUAAAAUAUUUAUUAAAUUUGUUUUAUUUUAAUUAAAUUUAAAAUAUUUUUAUUAACUUUUUUCUAAAUAUUUGAUUUUUUGUUAAAAAUGCUAAAAUGUAGCAACUAAAUUUUUACUACUUUUUUUAUUACUUGAUACUAACAAAAGUCUUUAUACAAACAUAUUUUUAUUUAUUUAUUUUUAUGUUUUACUUUUUUACUCUUGUAAGCAACAUGUUUGUGUCUAACUGCAACAAUUACAGUAUGUGCAAAAAAUAUAUGGCAAAAUAUCCAUUAAAAUCUAUGCAAUUAAAUAUAUAGACUACAUGUUUUCAUAUAUAUAAUUAUAAUUAAAAUAUUUGCAAAAGUUAAAUUUUUUCCAGUAAUUGUAAUACUAUAAAACAAAAUGGACUUUUUUCUCUAUAAUUAUGAUCAAUUACAUUUACGAAGGCCAGUGAGUUGUUACCUAACAUAAGCUGUAUAUUUGUUCUUAUUUAUUUUAAGGCUAAAGUAAAGCAAAUAUUUUAUGUUUAUAAAUUAAAUAAUUGCCAAUUUUUUAUAUAUUUAAUGUAUAUAGGUAUAUGUACUCAAUAUGUAUGUGUAUACAUAUACAAAUAUAUAAAAAAUCUUUAAAUAAUAUAUAAUAUUUUGUAAAAUAAGUAUUCUUGUAAAAUGUUGCAAUACCAAGCACAGAGAGCCUUAAAAACCUGAUUCCAAAAUAAUAUUUUAUUUUUAAUAAAUAAUUUUUAAGUUGAAAUGUUAAUAAAUAUCAAAUAUAUACAUAUGCAAAAUAGUUUUGUGGUAUGUAAUUUUAUAAAAAUAAAUCGAAUCAAAAAUUUUAAGUAAAAAAAAUAACAAAAAAAAUACGCAAAAAAAAUUAUGUUAGUUAAAUAUAGCAUUUUAUAAAAUAUAAGUAACCUAUAAAAUUAUAUAAUAUAGCACAAUUAAUAUGUAUGCACAUUAUUUCAUAUAAAAAAUAAAUAAACAAGAAUUAUACAAUUUAUCAAUAAAUAACAAAAAAUAUAUAUAUUUAAA